GUUAUUCCACCGGUAGCGUCAUUCUUCGAUAAGCCGGGGGAAAGAUAGCAUCCACCCUGUCCGUUAAACUUUUCUUUGACGGCAGUUCUGACAUUUUAACAAGUAUUGUUUUAAUUCUUGUUGGGUUUUUAGCGUAGAGUAUAUACUUUUUAAAAGAACAAUGAUCAAGAACGGUCACCACGCAACGAAAGAGUCGGGCAGAGAGAGCGGUGCUAAGCCUGGAGACUCAGCUUGCAGCCCCGAGAAGAGGAAACGUAUUAUCCGGGUGUGGUGUGAUGGGUGUUAUGACAUGGUACACUACGGACACUCCAACCAGCUGAGACAGGCCAAGGCCAUGGGAGAUUACCUGGUGGUUGGAGUACAUACGGAUGGAGAGAUCUCAAAGCACAAGGGUCCCCCUGUCUUCACCCAGGCGGAGAGGUAUAAGAUGGUGCGGGCUAUCAAGUGGGUGGAUGAGAUUGUGGAGGGCGCCCCCUACGUCACGACGCUGGACACCCUGGACAAACACAGCUGUGACUUCUGCGUCCACGGAGAUGACAUCACUCUGACGGUGGACGGCGAGGACACGUACGCAGAGGUGAAGCGCGAGGGCCGCUACCGGGAGUGUCGACGGACCCAGGGCGUCUCGACCACGGACCUGGUGGGUCGCAUGCUGCUCAUGACCAAGGCCCACCACAGCAACCUGGACAACUCAAACUACCAACAGCAUACAGACAACUUUGGGAAGGGCCCUAAAGGUCACAGUCCGUGGACCGGGGUGUCCCAGUUCCUCCAGACGUCCCAGAAGAUCAUCCAGUUUGCCUCAGGGAAGGAGCCUCAGCCUGGGGACACCAUCAUCUACGUGGCCGGCGCAUUCGACCUGUUCCACAUUGGUCACGUGGACUUCCUGGAGGCGGUCUACAAGCUGGCAGAGAAGCCCUACGUCAUUGUAGGACUGCACUUUGACCAGGAAGUGAAUCGCUACAAAGGGAAGAACUAUCCAAUCAUGAAUGUCCACGAGAGAACCCUGAGUGUCCUGGCUUGCAGGUAUGUAUCAGAAGUGGUGAUUGGUGCUCCUUACGCUGUGGGAAAAGAUCUGCUGGACCACUUUAAGGUGGACCUGGUGAUACACGGGAAGACUGAGGUGUUUCCAGACAAGGACAGUUCUGAUCCGUAUGCUGAGCCUAAAAAGAGAGGAAUCUUCCGGACGGUGGACAGUGGGAACAGUCUGACCACCGACGACAUCGUCCAGAGGAUCAUCGAAAACCGGCUCCAGUUUGAGGCCAGGAACCAGAAGAAGGAGGCCAAGGAGCUGGCGGUGUUCGAGGCGAUGAAACGACAGGUGGAGGGGGCGGUGUCUGGGGCAUCCGCCCGGGCAGCACACUAACCAGAACCACCUGGGUCCAGAGUGGUUCAGAUGGACCCAAAACCGAUUUGAAACCAAUCCAAACGGGAUCAGACUGAACCCACGCAACCAAAAACCCGUUUAGUUGUACUUAUGUACAUAUCCCCCAAGGUACUGGAGUGACCAGAGGAAACGGUUCAAACUGAACACAACCAGAUCAGUCGUCCUGCCUGAUUUGCUCUCCCGUACUUAAUAAUCCCCUUCGCAAAUCAGAUCACACCCGAAUCCAGUCCAACCCGCUCAAUAACCACACAAACCAGAACCAAGUACUACUCAUAAAGUGUGUGUAUAUAUAUAAUUUAGACAAGUCACUCAAAACUGUCCCGACUGUGAUAUGAACAGAAAAGUAGUGAGAAAGGGUGGAGAAAGUGUGUGUGUGUGUGUAUAUGUGUGUGUGUGUGUGUGUGUGUGUUUGUGUGUACACUGUUUUCUUUAGGACCUCCUAGUCUGAACUAAUAAGGGCUGUGAAUGUAAUUGCCUCUGUUCUGCAUCCCAAAUCACACCAUAUUCCAUUCAUCACUAGGAUGGUCAAAAGUAGUGCAUUAUGUUUGGAGCAGUUUAAUAGGCCGACAGUAUUUGAACUCUUAUUUCCAUUGAGACUUUUCAGAUCGGUUUUAUACAGUUUCCCGUACGUGGAGGACUCCCAAAAUGUCCCUCCUAAAUUGCUACCAAUAUUUGAAGCAAUGCACUAGAUUUGGCCUGAAUUUGUCUAGUCAGACGGUGGGUGUGGCCUGUGUGGUCUAGCGGCUACAACCUUUGACCUCAUAUGUCUACAGUAUGAGUCCCUUUCAGGGGGGACGAAGCUAAUUAAACAUUGGGAUGUCCGAUGCAUUGCAGUUGUCCUCUAACCUUCCUGUCUUCCCUGUCGUCCAACACUGUACACAAAACUGUGGAAGAGAUGGUGCCCUGCUGACUGCAUCUAGGGGAAAGGUGAACUGGGGGUCAGUCUUGGCCGAAGGGUUGCAGACACACUUUUCCUGGAGAGCUACCGUCAUGUUUCCUCACCGAAACUUCACCGAAAUUUUGCACAGCUAUUUCUAAUUAUGAACUAGAUAAAAGGCUAGAUCAUGUUUGUCACAAUUGGGUUAGGAGUUAAAGCCUACAUGAGGGUAGCUCUCUAGGAGCAGGGUUGGAGUUCAAACCUACAGGAGGGUAGAUCUCCAGGAAUAUGGUUGGGUACAUUUCAGAUGCACAUUGUCUUGUAUGUAAAAUGAAUCAGGGUUCAGAUAAUAUAGUUCAAUCUUCCUCUUUUUUAUGUUGGUAUUGUUAUCUCUAACCUGGCCUGUAUUGAUGUAUGAGGCUAUUUUUUAUGUAUGUGUGUCAGAGACUGAUUUUAAAUGGGCAUCUAUGUUGUAUGGCUUCACCCCUUCAUAAGAUACUAUGUAAAUUGGUUAAUUGUCGUGUGAUUCACGACAAAAAAAAUUUAAUCACAAUACAGUAAUUUUCCAAA